AUGUCUGGCGACACUCUUCCCUGGGAACCCAUGGUGGAGUUUGCUGCGAACAUAUCUGCAAAAAUCUCCGCUUUCUCUUGCGAUGUUGGUGCUUAUGUUGUGCGAUCGGCAUUGGAGAGUGGUGGGAAUGAACUAUUAGUGAAAUUUCUUCCGACUGCUUUAGCGAGGGACCAAAACGAACGGGAGCAAUUUCGAUCUUAUUUUGGCAUUCCCUUCGCCGUGGGCGAGUUAGUAUGGGGUCCGGCAGAGGGCCGGCCCUUCUGGCCCGGCAAGAUCGUCGAGGCUCGCGACCGGCUCGCCUUAGUCAAGUGGUUCGGCACGGAGAAGCCGGUCGCCGUCAUGGAGAGUGAGAGGUUGCAGACGCUGACAGAAGGCCUCGAGGCUCAUCAUCGCGCUAGAAAGAAAUGGAGAACAAGUCGCAAAUUGAAUAGCCAACUAGAAAAAGCGAUCCAAGAAGCGAUGGCAGAACUGGACAAAGAAGAACCGCAUCGUACGACUGUUCAAAAGGAAAGGAAGAAUUUGAAAACGUAUUCGAGAGCAACAACGGCACAAACACCGACUAAAAAAGCUGCUGUCCGAUCGAAAAAUGCCCAGCGCUGAAGAGAAUAUCAAAUUUUAAUGGACCAACAUCGAAAGAGUCACUGUAAAAAUGUAUGUAGUUUACCCUCGAAAACUAUUGUAGAAAUUGUGUGGUUUCGAGUCAAGCUUAUUCAGUGUUUACCUAUAAACCUAGGCUGAUCUUCUAACAGUAAUGAAAAACAGAAUUUAUCUAUGUAACUCAUAAUCUGAUUAUGAAAUUAUUUUUCAAAAUGCCUUUUUCAAAUAAGUUAGGGCGAUAAUAUGAGCCAAAUCUUAGAAUUUAUACCAUUACAUAUACAAUGUAUGUAAAGUACUAUUACAAUAAAAAUAAUACUAAUAAUAAUAAUUAUCUGAAAUAAUCAAUUGGGCUUUCAGAGAUUUUAAUAUACCUUUUCAUAAUUACCUAUAUUGAAUAAUCAAGUAGGCAUUCCCUGUUUAGUCCUUACUUGAGAGUCAAAUCAAUAAUUGAAAGCUAUUCAAUGAUACUAUCACCUAAAUUAUGCAGUGUUUUUUAGGAUGGUUAUCUCAAAAUGAUAUUGCAGAUAAAGUACCCAAUACCUACGAAUACCCGUAUUCUGUAAAAAUCAUAGACUCUUCCUUUUAUUUCGAAUUUAUACAAUGUUUCAAAAAUCGGCUCAGAGAAGGAAGCAACGUUCGUCUUGUUGGAGAACGUAAGCUUCCCCAAUGACGAUAAAUUUUGAUAUUGAAGACACACAAGAAUCGUUGUACUCGUAAAAAUCAUUGAAUAGGGAUGUCUGCAGUAGAAAUGCCAUUCAGUUUCCUUUUGGUCCUCUUUGUCUGCGAAUAACCAUUAUAUUAUAAUAUAUACAAUGUAUGUGGAAUACCAAGAAAAUAAUAAAACUAAUGGUAAUGAUAAUUACCUGGAAAUUAUCAAUUUCAAUGAUUUCACUAUACGUUUUCAUGAUUACCUAUAUUGCAUAUUUCCUGAUUAUUUCUCAGCUUGAAGUCAUAUUUAAUAACUGAAAGCUAUUCCAUGAUACAAUCACUAUAAUUAUAUAGUUUUAUUUGAUGUAUGAUUGAUCAGAGAGAUAGAAACAUUGUCACAGUGACGCCACUAUUUGGUGGUGUGAUGUUACUGACCAAGUUUUACCAAAUGUGAUCUUGGGACGUCAUUGAUACGUCAUUACUUUCUUGUUCUAGAUGCUAAUUAUCGUUGCUCUGAGUCUGAGCCAUAUGCUAAUACUAAUUCUCGAAUUGAACUGAGAUUCGAAAGCUUUGGUCAUUACAGUUUUUUUUUUUGUAUUUCUUGUGUAAUUCAUCAGGAAUUAUUGAAACUCUUCUCGCUGUGCAUUCAUAUACAGGCAAAGUUUCCAAUAUUGAUGUCUGAAUUCUGUAUUCGGGCGGUCACAAUGUUCUUUCUUUAAUAAAAAUCCAACUCGAUUUGCGACGAAAGACGUUUAUUUGACAAUCAUCAAAAAACUUUGUUUGAGGAUCAUACAAUUGAGGUUUUCAUUCCACUGUGAAGUUUUAAAACAUAUAAUGUAUACGUAUUUUUUCACUUUCAUAAACGGAAAAGGAACUUGACUCCUUCACCAUUCCUAUAACGUACUUUAAGAGAAAGCCACAUUCACACGAUUCCCUGUGUCAGUACGACGUUGCCGACAUCAUCAAUAUGUCUUGAUUCGCGGAAAUUGUUCAUUGAAAACAUUAUAACUAUUAGGUUUUUCAAUCCUACUUCGUCCAGUAUUACGAAUAAUUUUCCGAAAUCUCUCAUUUGUUGGAUGCACUUGAUUACUAAUGAAGAUAAAUUAUGAUAUUGUGUAAUAGUAUUUAUUAUUUUUAAAUUUAUUUAUAUUGAUUACAAAAUGAUAAUCAUAACUUGUGAAUCAUUUUAUUCAAAUGAAUUCGUUAUUUUCUAGGAAAGUUGCGGAUUAUAUCGUGCAAAAGCGCAUAAUAAUUUGUGCCCGCCCGCAUCACACAAAAAACAAACAGGCGCACCGAGAGCUGAAUUAAUUUUGUGGUUAUGUGUUUCUGUUGAUCAGUUCUGCUUGUGUUGAAUUUUGAUCUCUAGUUAUUCACGAGCCUAUGUCUACAGUUUAUAGUUGUUUUGUUAGUUUAUCAUCGUUAGUUUUCAUGAUAUAAUCAACAACGACGCCAAGUUGUCUUAAUCUUCUUUUUCUUCUAUUUUUUCAUUCGUUUUUGAUUCGUUAGAUAUUUGCUAGCUAUAUUCUUCAUCAUCAGCUAUGUUCAGACUUCAUUCAGAAUGUACGUCACACUUUGCUGCUCCGAAAAGACAUUGCUUCAAUUUGAAAAUAAAAACGACUUGGACUUCUAUACAGCGUGUACAUAAAACUGAGGAGUCGAUGUUAUUUAAUGAAAAUUCAUCUGAAUUAAACUUCCCCAUUGGUGUUGAAGUUUCACCAAAUUGGUACUCCAAUUGGUCACUUCGAUGUCAUUCUUCGUUCUAGAACAAUAAUGAGUUAUGUGAUGUAUUCCUGAAAAAAAAGACUAUAAUUCGAGGAUGAAUAAUCGGAAUCGAGCGAAAGGUUCAAAAGGAAACUGAUGUCAAAGUUAUAAAUUUUGCCCGUUUUACUGUAUACGUUUUGGAAUUGUGUACACCAUUUCAAUGAUUCUUUCAGCUGAUCAAGCUAGUGAAUGAAUAAACUUGAAUUCAAAUAGGUCAUUUAGCACCAGCAAUUAUUACGCUUUUUAGCGAUUACCUGCAAUUUGGAUAGUAUCGAAGCCCUUUCUAUAAAUGUGUUAACUUGUAUUUCAAUUUCAAUCGAUAUUCUAACUUGAUGAUACUUUUCUGUAUAAAGAUGUUUCUUCUAUAGUAUUUUGAUCAAGUCUACAACGAAUAGUUAGAUUCAUACAUAUUAUAACUUAUGUGGAUGGAAUUUGAUGUAAAUAGACAAAAAAAUAUUUCAAUGUGGUAAUUCUAGUCAAUGUAUAAGGAAGCUGACAAUAAUCGAUACUGAUUCAAAGUUUUUCAUUUCAUUUUGGGUACUGUGAUAAUCCUUAAUCAACCAGGUCUUUAUACAAUUUCAUUUGAAAUUUCAGUUUCGCCCGUGAAUAAAAUAUAACAUAGUGUUAUUUUCUCGUUGAACAGUAUUUUGUGUCAAUUUGAUUUGGACCUCUUAGUCACUUAUUGUUUAUUCCACGUGGUCUUGUGAACAUUUCAAACAACUAUGCUAGUAUAUAGUAAUCAACCAACAAUUUGUAAUUUGAUCAACCCCUCUGAGUCCUAAGGUUGUGGGGUUUCAUCCAAUUUUUUUUGAAUUUGCUAGUCGG